AUGAAUCUGCAGUAUUCCACCUAUAAGAUUGAUGACUUUACCUGCAGUGGACCCAGACCACCCGUUCCCGGAGAGGAAAGCCGUCGGAAGAUGACGGAAGCGGCACACUCGGACCGGACCCGAGACUCGCCUCCCUCGUACGUCCGGUGGGCGCAGAAGCUAUCGCAGCUGCUGGAAGAUGGCGACGGUGCCGAACUGUUCAAGCGGUACGUCGAGCUGGAGGGCGAGGUGCCGGCGAAUCGGCUCAAGUUCUACUUUGCCUGCGAGGGCCUCAAGCAACAGAAGGACCCGGACCGGAUCACGCAACUGAUCGGUGCCAUCUACCGGCGGUUCCUGAAGAAGGCCCAGCCGGGCUCGGAGCUGUACGUGAACGAGCCAAUGCGCAACUACAUUAAGGCGGGCCUGAAGAAGGACCUGAUUCUGACGGCGGACAUCUUCGACCAGAUGCAGUCGCAUGUGAUGAAAAUCAUCGGCGAGACGACCUAUCCGCACUUUCUACAGUCCGACCUCUACCUACAGUAUGUGCAGAACAUGCAAAGCUCGAGCAGCAGUAGCAGUGUGAUCGGUUUCGGCAGUGCCAGUUCCACCGGCGGUGGCGGUGGCGGUGGCGGCGUUUGUGUUGUUAUGUCGUCUAGCACCACCACCACGUCAAUCGCCGUACCGGGUAGUGCUAUGGCCGGACCAAGCACUUCCGGUAUCGGUACUUCCAUCGACACUGCCUCAAGCGCGUCCGCCUCGGACACUGCGGUGGAUCUAGCCGGUGCCAGUGCUGGCCCUUCAACGAGCGGCGGCGGCGGUGCAGGCUCCGUCGGCCCAGCGGCCUCCUGUUCGUUGACGAGCAGCAGUUCGACGUCGGAACUACUCUCACAUUGCUCCUACGCCCUGCCGACGCUCCACGAAGACUCGGAACUAGUCAACGCCGAUUCGAUCGAGGAACUGUACGGUGCCGUGGGCCCUGGGUUGGACAGCGUUGCUAUCGCUGCCAGUCUCGCCAGCCAGCUGCCACCGGGUGCGAUCGGUCCUAUGGGUCCCCCGCCCGCAGGGGGCCCCUCGAAGACCCCGAUGAUGCUCACGAAGGACGCACUGAUGGCCACGCAGAAACGGCGCCUCGAAAUGCGGCCCCCUGGAACACGCGGAACCUCCGCCUAUGUUUACACCGCCUAUGCACCCUACAAUCCGGUAUCGCGGCGCGACUCAGAACUGGCCAGUCUGAGCUCCGGCCGUACCGAUUCCGACACGAUGUCACUCUCGAGCAUCUCCACCGACGGAAGGCCACACUCGCAGCGCAAGCACCAUCACCAUCACCAUUCGUCGAUCGAGCGAAGAUUGAUGCGUGAAAACGCCCUAACCAACGAGGAAGUGGACCACUUUUCGAUUAUUCCUCGUACGCAUAGACACACACAAAAACCGCUUCCACCGACGGAGUUUGCUAAAAUACUGAUCACCAAGCUGGACGCCGUCGCUCGGGACCAGGAAAAGGACGAGUUGCUGUGUAAAAAGCUACAGGAGGUAGAACUGUCCGACCGAUCGCAGAACGCAGUGCUGGCCGACGCUCUCCGGCAGAAGCUGCAGAUGGACGAUGACAACGAUCAGGACAUCCUGGACCAGCACGUUUCGCGCGUGUGGUCCGACCUGACGCCUAGCCUAUCACCGGGCACGAUGUCGCCCUGUCCGGCGAACCUAGUUUCUCGCACCCGGCGCCACGAGCUGUCCGGAUUCUUGCAAGUGGGAGCUCAAUCGGCGUCGAUGCGCCAUUCCAAGUCGAUGCCGGAGGGCUAUCCUCCGAUGGGCCCGCCACUGGUGCCGGCUUCGCUCGUGUCGGCUUCCGGGACGCGCAAGCUGAACCACAAGUGGCCCUCGGUUAACACGGACAGUGGCAUCAGUCUGUUUUCGACCGACACGCUCACGAAGCACAGCAGCAGCGGAGGCAGCAGCAGUAGCCGCGGAGAGCUGAACAUGGGCAGCAGCUCGCGGCCACUGUCGCGCAACAUGCACGCGGAUAUGCACACGGCAACGUUACUGCAAGAAUCUAGCCGCCGCCUGGAGGACGAAACGCGACGAUCAAAACGCUACCAACAUCCGCCGGCGAGUGGAAUACAAAACAUGCCGCUACCACCGCUGCCACCAUCGUCGAUGUCGUCAUCGGGCAUCGGUUUCGGGGGGCUCGGUUUCAUGCCACCGACCAUGCCACCGCCACCGAUUCCGGCCAAACCGCACCAGGCACCGAACGAGUUCACGAUCGUUGUGUACUCGUUCUGCGACGAGGAGGUUCCGUAUCGGAUAAAGAUCCCCGGCACGCAACCGCCCACCUUGCGCCAGUUUAAGGACUAUCUGCCCAAGAAGGGCAACUACCGGUUCUUCUUCAAAACGCGCUGCGAAGAUAUGGACAAUCCGGUCAUACAGGAGGAAGUCAACAGUGACAGUGAACCACUGCCGCUGUUUGAGGGCAAAGUCAUGGGCACGGUGAAACCGUCGGAGUAGUGUACCACGGGC